CGCCUUUCAUGGUAGCUCUCUGUCAAAGAACUAUGAGAACAUGUAGCAACAUAUUUCUCCGCGCCUUUCAUGUGUGCAGCCCAAUCCCCACCUCCUUCGAAGGGCUGUGUAUGGCAUCUGCCGCUGCUGCGGAAGGUGUUCGGCUUGCCACUAUAGCUUGGCAAUGCCUAACACGGUACCAACUUGAUGUCAAUGCGCGAGAUGCACACGCUGGCUUCAGUGAACGUGUGGCCAACGCCCAUCAGGCGUUGCGUGCCACGGUGCAGAUCAAAAUUUGUAUGUGCCCCGAAGCUGUUACAACGAACUCUGCAUACCGUAACGUUUAUUACUUGCGAAUGCACUUCCAGUAUGGGGACGUGUAAAUCGCCAGACUUAUUGACUAGAGUAUCGUGCUUCACUGAUCCAACGUUAUGGAGUAGUCCUCUCCGGAUACCGGUCAGAGAAUACUCUCGCCCCUUUACGUGAAAUGAACAAGUCUAGGCCUCGUGGGUUCCUAAGUAUAGCGUUGAUGUUAUAUCGUCCCCCUGUUAAUUCUUCGUACUACGUUCGGCGACUUCUAAUUCAUGAA